GAACGACCCUUAACAACCCCUCCCUCUCCCCAAAAUCCAACCAAAUCUCUGUUCCACGCAUACCCUUCGCCUCUCCUUUCUUGAUUUUCUCUUCUUCUUUUUAUUUGUCUGUGUGUAUAUUAUUCGGGUAAGAUCCUGAUGUAUGGUGUCAAGGGAAAGGGGAGUGUGAUGAUGAAUAACAGCUUUGUCGACGGGAACAAUGGCUAUUACGUCAACAGUGAUGACAUCAUGGCCGCUUUUGCGGCCGUGGGUCCGCCGAGAUCAGUGCCCGGGGGCGGCGGGUUCGGCCGGCUCUGCGGAGGAGAUGGGUCGUCUUCAUCUAUUUCCGGCGGCGGCCCAUUCGAUCGUAUUCCCGGCGGCAGUCCGGCACUGAACGUUAACAUUCCUCCUGGGCAUUUGAGCUCUUCUCGGCGGCCCAUCAAUGGCGGCUACAAUAAUAACAGUGACAGUGAUGAACGGAAUCUGGGUGAUGGUGGGUUGUCUGAUAUGCUUUACAGAAUGCGUAUUGGGGAUUACGGGCGUCUGGGAUCGAACGAAUCUGGGGAUAGAUUAGAUCAUCACUUUCGGUUGAUCAAUGAAACAGUGGGAAGGGAUUUGAACUGUAAUAAUAAUAUUAAUAAUAUUAAUCAUUUUAACAGUGUUAUUGGCGAUUAUGGAGGGACUGAAUCCCUCUUAUCGUCACCAUCAUCGCCGAACCACAGGUUUCUGUUAGGAAGGCGAGCAUAUGCUAACAAUGUGGACAUGAGAAGUUCUGGAGAUCUUCAAAGUCCGUCCUCCAUUAAUGGAGGACAAAGCUUUGGGGAAGGCUUCUUUUUCUCUCCUGCAAGGUACAGCAGAUUUGAUGAAGAUGCAGGAGGAGGUGGAGGUGAGGAUGACCUGAGCCUCCCUUCUAGAAGCUUCCAGAAGAUGAACCUUGGGUUGGGUCUGAACUAUCCUUCUGCUCUUCCCAUCAUGAACAGGACAGGUGUUAAUGUGGCUGCAGACAACAUUGUUCUGAUGAAACCCAGCCAGACAUGGAGCUGUUCUUCCCCUGCUGGCAGUGACUAUAAACAGCACCUCCAAAACUUCAUCAUUCCUCAAGAACAUGAAGAAGCAGAAGAAGAAGCUCUGAUGUACUACUUGAAGAAUCUGAGAAUGGAAGGUUUUAGAGGAGCACAGAGUGAAGAACAACCAAGAAGUUAUGGCUAUGGAGACAUUCUGGGGAAUUUCCAAGCAGAUUACAUAUGCAACAUUGCCAAGAACCAGCUGGGGUGCAGGAUUUUGCAGAGGGCAUUCGAUCAAGGGAAGCCUCAAGACGUGCAGCUGAUCUUUGAGGGGAUCAUCAACCGCAUUGUGGAGUUCAUGGUGGAUCAGUUUGGGAACUAUCUGGUGCAGAAGCUGCUCAUGUUCUGCAGUGAUGAGCAGAGGUUGCAGAUUGUUCUAAGGGUCACCAGUGAACCAGGCUUGCUUGUCAAAAUCUCACUUGACACUCAUGGGACGCGCGCUGUGCAGAAGCUAGUUGAGACAGUAAAGACAAGCCAGCAGAUAGCAUUGGUUGUAGGGGCACUUGAACCAGGUUUUCUUGACCUUGCAACGGAUCUCAACGGCAACCAUGUCAUCCAGCGUUGCUUGCAUUCUUUUACCAAAGAACAAAAUAGGUUCAUAUUGAAUGCUGCAGCAAGGCACUGCUUUGAAAUCGCGACCCACCGCUACGGGUGCUGUGUUCUGAACAAAUGCAUUGGUUACGCGACCGGUAAGGCCAGGGACAAGCUGCUUUCUGUCAUCUCACUCCAUGCUUUCAUCCUCUCCCAGGAUGCCUUUGGGAACUAUGUGAUCCAGUACAUGAUAGAGCUGAAGAACCAGUGCACGGCGGGGCUGCUGCUGUCGCAGCUGGAAGGGCAUUUCGUGCAGCUAUCGAAGCAGAAGUUCAGCAGCCAUGUGGUGGAGAAGUGCUUGAACUUCAUGGAAGAGAGCCGCCCCAUCAUCAUCCAUGAACUCGUCUCUGUUCCUCGCUUUGAGCUCCUUCUUCAAGACCCUUUUGCCAACUAUGUCAUCCAAUCUGCACUUGCUGUUGCCAAGGGAUGCCUCCGUGCGCUGUUAGUUAACGCCGUGCGUCCUCACGUGGCCCUUUUGCGGAGCAACCCAUUCUGCAAGAAAAUAUUGUCUCAGAACAUCUUGAAAAAGAAAUAGCCUAGUAAUAAUAAUAAUAAUAAUAAGAUAAAAUAAUGUAAUUAAUAAUUCAUGUGGUGAUCAUCAAAUGUUGUUGUUUAAUUAGUAGUGACUUACAUAUAUAUAUAGUCCAUCUUUAUGGACAUAAGCAAUUAAGUAGACAUAUUUAUGUUUGGGCAUCAUACGAUCAGAUCUAUGAUCAUGUCUCAAAGUUGUUGUGUGUAAAAUCAAAUUUUGGAUAAUAU